CAAAAUUGUCUGGAUUCUUUUCAACUUCACCGCUUUGAGCUUUUGCUGGUUGGGUUGGUCCAGGCAACUUCAUGCAAUGUCGUCGUCUCAGACUCUGACGACGUCGCUGAUGGGGCACACGCCUCAUGAGCCGGCGCCAGAUAGGUCUGCGUACGAUCUCGGCGAUCCCUCGCGGGAUAUCCCAAAUGACAUCGACAUCCCCUCAAAGCUCGAUGUACCGAACAAAGCCACCCUCGACCACAUCCAGACCGUGCAAAACACCUUCUCCGCUCUGUCAGAUGACUACAAAAAACAAACUGAUCGGGAAAAGCAGAGUGCGGCAAGCGCUCUGCUUGCCCAACUUUUUGCCAAUAAGCCGGCCACAAACGAACCACCGCAAGAAUCCCCGCAAAUCGAACGCGUACCGGAAAGUUCAGUAACAGGCAGAGAUCUUGCGUCCGAAAAUCUGUUUCAGAUAUCGGAAGCCCACGCGAAGAACAAUGUGAACGGUACAGAUGGAGUGACUGAACCUGCAAUGGAGGCGGCUUGGGGAAUAAACCAGGGAAUAAACGAGGGUUCGAAAACGAAUAAAGAUAUGCUUGCGGGCAUCUUUCAAAGAACCCAAGAUGGAAAUAUACCGAAGGAUCUGGGCGCCAACUCAGGGACAAUACAGAACAGCAAUAAUAAGGCGGAGGAGGAAUUAGAAAGUCUUUGCUCCGGGCUGUUACCUCUUGCUACACCUAAAAACGCGAAAGAUGCACUGCGACAAAACGAAUUACUCACUAAUUCUUAUUUUAAUGCGGACAUCAGCUCUGGCCCAACGCCACGGAUUGUCAACUAUCCCGAACCGCCACCGCACGGCGACAUGGAAAAUUCUCAAGCUGCGCCAGAGUCUAUCGCGGGAUCUGAACCCCGUAUUCAGGCCUUUGCUAAGCUAGAAUUCGACGAUGGCCAUUUCUACGUUAAUACCUACUCGUUUAUUCUAGGCCGUGAUGUUCGUGCUGCGCGCGCCGCAUUCCAGCGGGAACUCCAAGCCAGACAGGCCAGAGGGCAAAGCUCAAGUGGGGGUAAUAAAUGCUACACUCCAAAUAGGGUAAAGCACGAAGGAAGUGCUAUAAUGGGCAGCGUGGUUAGCGACAGAGGAGGCAUAAUGGGCUUUGAUCCAGACGUUCCUCAACAAUUUCCGCCCCAAGUUAGCUGGAAAUCUUCAAAUUCAUCCCAUGGCGAUCAGCGACGGCCCACGCUGCACAUGUCCGCUGCAGAGGUACCUCCUACUCCUCUCGAAACUCCAGAAGUGACUAAGGACUACAAUGCCCUUGCGAUGCAGUCAUUACGUUCUAAGAAUGAACCUAAGCCUGUCGAUACAUUAUCUUUAUUACCUUCACCCGAUGCAUGCCCUACGAUACCAGUACACCCCCCGGCGCCUGCUAAUGGAUCUGUCGCUACCCACCGCGGCAUUUCUCGAAAACAUGUCAAAAUAGCCUACAACUUCGAUCGGAAUCUGUUUGAGAUGGAGGUCAUCGGGAGGAACGGGGCAUUCAUGGGUGCAGAUUGGCUAGCACCAGGCCAAGUUAGGCCGCUCCAUAGUGGUGACUUCAUUCAAAUCGGUGGAGUACGAGUGAAGUUUGUCCUCCCUGACGUUCCCGUUGGUGAAACUGGGGCAGAGCAGGAUGAACCCAUAAUGGCCGAUGAAGAAGAGGUAGUUGAUCUCAAACGGGUAGAAAAAGAUGCUAUAGCUAGUAGUGAUGCAGUCGCCGGUAUUAUGGAGACAGAUGGUUCAGAGCUAAGUGGGGCGGACAAUCGAUCGCGACCAAAGAAAUCUGGUAAUGAAUCUAGGUCCAAGUCAAAACCUUCACUGGAAGUCAGCCCGGAAGCCUCCUCGCAACCCGCUCGCCGUCGCGGCCCUGGUCGCCCACCCAAAGAUGGAAUCAUGUCCAAACGAGAACGUGCUGAAAUAGCCCGUGAGCAGAAAUUGGCUGCUAAGCGUGAAGCGAACGGCGGAGUAACGCCACCUCCUUCAUCAGCCCGUGGGAAGACCGGUAAAACUGGGAAGGAUUCUGGGCAGGAAGAUCCUUCAAAUGCAAAGGCGGAGAAACGAAAAUACACGAAACGCAAGAAGCCCGAUUCAACUACUGAUACUGUUAUGCCGUCAAUUGAAGGCGGUGAUGUAAAUGCUAUCAUAGGGGUUGAGGAUCUCCCCAAGCCGGCACCCCUGAAAAAGCGAAAACCAUCAAGAUCUCCGUCCCCUGAUUAUCCCCCAGAGAGCUUCUACACAAGCGAGGACCUCGCGAAGCCUCCAUAUAACUAUGCGGUUCUGAUUUUCGAUGCACUUACCGAAUCUAAAACCCCAAUGACUUUGAAGCAAAUAUACCGCGCCCUGAAGCUGAAGUAUCCGUACUUCCGAUUUAGAUGUGAAACUGAGGGUUGGACGUCUAGUGUUCGUCACAAUCUUAAUGGCAAUGCGCAUUUGUUUGAGCAUGCAGAAAGGGAUGGAAAGGGGUGGUCGUGGAGACUCGCGCCAGGAGCAUCUGUUGAUAAGGAAAAGAAGCGGAGACCAUCACCCCCUCCUCCCUCACAGAGUGCCACACAAAACCUUGGGAACAAUCAAACCUACCUGGCGCCAACCCGAGGUACUCAGUUCAAUGCCUCCCGCCCAAGCAUGCCCGAGCGCCAUAACUCUCUUCCGUUCCCAUACCCUCCCGUAGGGAACAAUCAAUCCUCCCUGGGAGGAGGUGCUCCACCGUCACAUAAUAGUCCCUACGCCGUGCCAAAUCCUGCUGCUCAAUUUUCGCUUCCCAAUGUAUUGCGUAAUAAUCUCCCACCAUCGUUUGCAGCUCCUACUACCUCGACCUACCGAUCACCGUACGCCUCAGCACCACCACCGGAAAUAUUACAAGCGCAACUGCAGCAACAACAGCAACAACGCCCCCCUCCGCCUCCGCUACCACUACCGCAAACACAGCAGCAACAACAGCAGCAGCAUCGACCGCCUCCCCCUCCUUCGUCUCAGCCGCAGCAGCUACAGCAACCACCUCAACAGUCCCAUCAUCCCCAACAACCGCCACAUCAAAACCAACAGCAACAUCAACCCCACCCUCAACCCAACCCUCAAACUAACCCUCAACCUCCUCAACCUCAACAUCAGCCUCAACAUCAACCACCACCGCCGCCGCCGCCACCACAGCAGCAGCAGCAUCGACCCCCUCCCCCCGAACAAUACAAAUUCCUCAAUCACACCCUCCUCCCCCCCCAAAAUACCCUACCUCCUCCCACUAAUAACUCUGCUCCCAAAUCCCCUUCACUUCCUAAUGCGAAUCCCCCUCAACCGCAAUACCACCCUCAGGCCCAACCUUCCCCUUCAACCCAACAUCCUCCCCAUAUCCACAGUCAACAACACCAGCAUCAACCGUCACCAGCACCACCAGCAUCAAAUCAAACACCCCAGCCUCCUCCAUCGCCUCCAGAGCCUGAACCGUCAUUCCUCGACCGAGCAAACCAAGCCAUCGAUAACUUCGAAGCAGUACUGAUGGAAGACUACGAAGAUAAAGAAUACAUCUCUAAAGUCUUACGAAGUGCUCGCGACCGCGUGCUCAAUGGUGCGACGGAAAGCUCGUUCCCCGGUGGAGAGCCAAAGGAUGAAUCCGUCAUCAUUGAUGCUUUGAAGGGAAUAAUCGCAGGCUUGAAUGAGGAAUGAUUUUUUUAUUUCCCUUUUUUCUUCCUUUUGGUAUUGGUGGAUCCACGCGCUUGCGGUGACUCUUUCCCCCUCCCCAAUCCGUACUUUUUUGCCCUUUUUUUUAUUUUUUUUUAUUUUUUUUAUCAAGGGAUUUUUGGAAACGGCCUGUACAUAACUAAUGAUCUGUUACGUUUCGUUCUCCUUCUCCUAUUUCCCUUCUUCUCCCUUCUAUCUAUCUACCAUCGCCUUGACGCACUUUGCUCCGGCCCUUUUGCUGGUUUUUCAUCCGCCUCUGUCUCAAUCUUCAUUAACCCCCAUUAUAUCUUUCUACUGUUUCAUCUUUCAUGUUUCCUCUCUUUUUCCUUCUUAUGAACGAAUGAGAAACGAAGGGAAUGAAUCUCAUAUAUCGUUGGCUUUUGUCUUUUUUCUCUUUUUCUAUUAUUCUCUUUUCUUUUAUCUUUUUGGGUUAAGGUAAUUUUUAACGCUAGGGCAAAGGCUGGCUGGGUUGGGAAGCGGAGCUCAUUGCAACGGAGAAAGAAGCGCUGGUUUGGUUUUGGAUUGGUAUUUUUUUUUUCUUUUUCCACAUGCAUUAGACGGACUAAGACAACCUGAAGCAUGAUUAAUUUAUUUUCGUUCAUGCCUCUUCUUCCGUCUUGGUUUCGUUUACUCUUUUUCUUUUUUUCUUUUUAUCUUUUUUGCUAUCAUGUCUCGCCUGUUAUUUAUUUUGAACUUCAAAACGCAUGGCCCGUUUGCUACCACAAUACAGCGCGUUUUUAUUUAAUUCUUUUUUACAUUUUUUUAAGACGUAGUUACGUUGUGUAGCUAGAUGAGAUCUAGGCUAUUAGCUAGGAGAGAAAGGAGGAAAAUAUAACAAGAAAAGAAAAGGGCGCCGGGAGAAUAAUGGUUAACCAUCCAUCUCGUCAUUAUAUCCAUGAUUUGAGCAAUAAAAAGAGGAAAGAAAGGAAAAAAAGGAAAAAUGACAUGUAAAGUAAGGCUAGAAACAGGAAAACCGCAAAAUCGGCAGCAAUACAAGGGCGCGAGAGGUAGCACAAAAGCAGG